AUGCUUGGAAAUUGGGGGGGCCAGGAGCCUGCCCCCCCUUCAGGACUGCAGAUCGGUUUGAAGACCUUGUACCUGACCAUCUCUGACCUCUAUAGGAAAACCUGGCACCCCUUCCUCUCCUUUUUCAUUCUGGGCAAGGGGGUGGGGGGUGGGCUGGGGGGUAGCGACACAGCGGCUGUCCAUUUCCAGUUGAUGUCCAUGAAUACAAACACCAUGAUAUUUAUGAUCUUGGGGGCCUCAAUUGUUAUGGCAAUUGCAUGCUUGAUGGAUAUGAACGCACUUUUGGACCGAUUUCACAAUUAUAUCUUACCGCAUUUGAGAGGUGAAGACCGAGUCUGUCACUGCAACUGUGGAAGGCACCAUGUUCAUUACGUCAUCCCCUACGACGGAGACCAGUCCGUGGUGGAUUCGUCGGAGAACUACUUUGUGACUGACAAUGUCACCAAGCAGGAAAUCGACCUGAUGCUGGGACUCUUGCUGGGAUUCUGCAUAAGCUGGUUUCUGGUGUGGAUGGAUGGAGUGCUUCACUACGCCGUACGAGCCUGGCGGACGAGCCGACGGUAUGACACCACUUGGUCUUGGAUUCCAAAAUUUUGUAACUUCAAGGAGUUCAGGAAACGUCACCACCGGCAGUAUGACGAGCCGACCGGGAACAUGGUGCACAUCAAACAGAAGUUGUACCAUAACGGGCACCCCAGCCCCAGACACCUCUAAGAAACCCAAGACUGUUGAGAGGUUGUAGAACUUGGCCUUUUUGCCGUCUGUCGAGGGACCCCGCCUGUUCCUCAAUGGACGCCACUUUAAGGACUUCCGUUUAGUUACCCUUACCGGUGUGUGUCAGCCCGGCACACCCAGAGAAUGCACAAUCCAAUCCUGUCCCGGCUGCGAGGCUCCUGGGACGUUGCACUGUGGUUACCAUUUUAUUGGUGGACUCCUGUAUAUAUGUAAACAAAAAA